AUGGCUAUCGACAGCAACCCUCCCCGCGCCAACUGGGCCGAUGACGAAGAAUUCGACGAUGCCACCGCCCUCCCUCCCCAGCAGAUCGUCGCCAACCCGGACGGCACCAAGUCGGUAAUCACGUACCGUCUCAACGACGCCGGCAAGAAGAUCAAGACGACUCGCAAGAUCCGCACCACCGUCGUUAAGGAGCACGUCAACCCGCGCGUGGCCGAACGCAAGGAAUGGGCCAAGUUCGGCGACGAGAAGGGACACCCACCCGGACCGGAUCUUUCCACCACUUCGGUCGGUGAGAACAUCGUCUUCCGUCCGUCUGCCAACUGGAAGGCGAAUUCGAAGGAGGAGGACCCCUCGGAGAAUACCCUCCGCGAGCAGCUGCGCGACAAGAAGGUUGCUUGUCGUAUCUGCAAGGGUGACCAUUUCACCGCCAGGUGUCCGUUCAAGGACACUCUGCCGCCGAUGGACGACGCUGCGGCGGACACUGGAGCCGACCGUGCGGAUACCGGUGCGGACUUCGAGCAGAAGGCUGGCAGUGCCUACAUCGCGCCCCAUCUGCGUGGCAAAGGACGUGGCAGUGGAGAGUCUAUGGGUGGUCCGGGUGGAUCUGGCUUCGGUGGUGGUCGUGACCGCGACAGGGACGACGCUACCCUCCGUGUCACCAACGUCUCCGAGUUCGCCGAGGAGGACGACCUCCGCGACAUGUUCGAGCGCUUCGGAAGGGUCACCAGAGUGUUCUUGGCGAAGGACAGGGAGACGGGUCGGGCCAAGGGCUUUGCGUUCGUAUCGUAUGCCGACCGUGGGGAUGCGGAGAGGGCCUGCGCCAAGAUGGAUGGUCACGGCUACGACCAUUUGGUUCUGAGGGUAGAGUUUGCGCAGAAGCCGAAGCAGUAA